AUGUUUACAUGGGCUAUCAGUGGACAGGGUACUGAAUAUGCUCCAGUUGAUGAGAGUAGUCUUAUACUUGGCACUUAUUUUUGCUCGAAAAUCAAAGAAUGCCAAUAUGCAUGCCAUUCGAACUAUUUUUGCCGCGUUUUUGAUUAUGACUCUGUCUCUCAUCGAUGCCGUCUAUUUGAAGGUAAUCUUCAAACAACUGGCUCUCUUAUCAUCUCGAAUUCUUCAACAUCAACUGUAGGCGAAAUUGAACUUUAUCCUGAACUCUUCACUGCCUAUGGUAAUUCAUGUAGCGCUUGUCUUGAUAGUCGUUAUCUUACUUGUGUCAAUUCAACAUGCCGUUGUCUUCCUCGUACCUAUUGGACAGGUUCGAUUUGCGCUUCACAAAAUUUACGUGGUGGACAAUGUUCUGAUUCGAAUCAAUGUCGAAUUGAUCGUAAUUAUAUUUGUCUUCAAUUCUUUCAAUGUGGACCUGACCAGUUUAAUCACCGAAUUCUUCUCUGGUUAUGGAACACUUCAAACGCAACCGUAAUCGCUGGUCAAACGGGUGUACCUGGUAAUGAUACGUUCUCUCUUAACAGUCCAUCAGAUGUCUUUGUGGAUGAAAAGCUAGGAUAUAUGUUUGUAGCCGAUUUUAACAAUCAUCGAAUUGUUCGAUAUAGCAUCGGUUCAUUAAAUGGGAUUGUAGUAGCAGGAGGAAACGGACCGGGAACACAGAGAAAUCAAUUAUUUGGUCCAAUCGGCGUAUAUGUAUCAAAAAAGACAGGUGCGAUCUAUAUAGCUGAUCAAAACAACAAUCGGAUUCAAAAAUGGAUUGUUGGUGAUUCUCAAGGAGUCACGAUUGCUGGUAGUCCAGAUGGUAUAUCAGGCACAAGCAGCCUUCUACUUAACAUGCCAAACGCUGUCGCUUUGAACGAAGAAGAAACUUCUUUUCAAUGUUUAAAUGGUAAUCCAAGUGAUUUAAAUACUGACAAUCUUUGGCAUGAAAGAGUUUGUAUGUUUCAUAAUGUUUGUUUAAGAAAAGAUGGAUUCAAUGAGAAUUAUUUUAUUGAUUAUUUUUAUCCUUCAUCAAUAGAAUCAUUAAAAUCCACAAUUAUUAGAAAUAUCAGUAAUAAACUUUUAUCAUUACGUCAUGGAUCUCGUAUUCAUCAUCGUGAGAAUUUAAUUGUGGCUCGAAUGAAACUAAAUCCCAUAAAUGAUUUAAAUCUAUCUGAAUUCAAUCGAAAUGUGACAUAUCUUGAUAAUACUUAUUUAAUUUAUCAGUUAUUAGCGCAUCAAGAUAUGAAUUUGGGUCAUUUUAUAUUUGAUGAUGUAUUUGGUUUAUAUUCGAAUUUAAAACAAUUUCGAUCAACACGUUUUAAUUCACCUAAUCAAAACUAUGUAGUUGCCUAUGAAACAUGUUAUCGUUUUAAUGAAGCUUUACAAGAUUUAUGUUAUAAAUUUACAGAAGGUAUUUUUCCUGUAGUUACAUCACAUCGAAUUCUUUCCAUUGAUUCAUUAUUACAUUCAUCUAAAAGAAUUUGUUUUCGUCAAUUAAUUGCUGGACAAGGUCUGUCUGGUGCAAUUGGUUAUUAUCCAAAAAAUCUUCAUCGAGCACCUAUUUUUGAUGAAUUUCGCUCAGAUCUAUUACGUAUACAUGGUAUUAAUCCAGAUUUAACUCCACAACAUCAUCAUAUUGUAAUUGUGAAGAAAGAUGGUAGAAGAAAAUUUCAAAAUUUAAAUGAAAUCUACACAAAAAUUCAGACAGCACCUCAGUAUUCAGGUAUUAAACUUACAAUUUUAGAUAAUUUUGUCAGUAUGACUAUUGCUGAUCAAUUAAAAUUAUUUCAAACAAUAACGAUUGUUAUAUCACCUUGUGGAGGAAUAUCUCUCUUGUUUUCGUUUCUUCCAAGAAAAUCGACAUUAAUUGUAUCUGGAUUUGCACAACCAGAAAAAAAUGGUUAUCGUGCUGAACGUAUGGAAGCUGUUUAUUGGGAUUAUCAAUCACAUCUAAAUGUUCUUCAUUAUCCAGUAGAAUCAGAUGAUGAUUUUCAAUUAGAUUCUUCUCUGAAAAAAGAUGAUUUUGUAGAUGUAAGAAACAAUGCAGAUAUAAUACUUAAAACAGAGAAAUUAUUUCCACUUAUUGAUAGAGCAAUUAUCAGAGCUUCUUUACAGUAUUAA